AUGGAAUUUACUCCCAUCAAGGGGGCAGAGCUAGAAGACUUUCUGGGGGACUCCAGCGUCACCACGUCUCGCGCACCCGAUGCGAUCAUCACGCACUACUGCCAUCUAACGUACCUAGAAAGGCACGACCUAAGAGACCUGCUUUUUGCCUGGCUCGAGGUUACUCACAACACCACCGACUUUGCCAGCCUUUGCCCAAUUACGCAAUCUCAACGCGAGUCCUUCUUCUCCACCAUCUUCUCCGACUGGGAUUCUUCCGAACCUCUCUGCAGCCCAGAAUACAUACCUUAUAUGGAAACAGACGGAAUGAUUGAAGUUGGCGUAUGGAGCAAAGAUCUCCCAGUCUCGCGCGAGGAAUACGAGUGUGCCCUAGAGAAUGGUGAGCAGGAACCCACUCGUCAACAUAAUACAGCCAGGCAGGCUGGUCAGAAAGCGUUUAUGGCUCCUUUAAGGCACGAUAAUGAGGGCAAGAAAACCGUGAUCACAUUCCUAUACAAGGACGCUGAUGGCGCGUACAAUAACUCUCCAGAGCUUGUAACUUGGAAGCCGCCUGGUUUUCCGCCUGGUUCUACUGUUGAAGAUGUCUACAUACGAUGUAUCAAAGAGUACGAUGAGACCCAGGCUUCCCGGGCUUAUCAAUACAAUAUCGAGGCCAUAAUUGACACUGCUCGCAAGCGAAUCGUCAAAUAUGCCAAUGACGGCGUUCUGGAAGGUCGACUGCCUUAUAUAGUCCACAGAGUCCCUACACGAGUUGGUACAGAUCCGAUCUUGCCCAAAAUUGAGAGCGGUGACGCCUGUUGGGAGACGUGA